CCGUCAGGCAUGUUCGGUCGUAACACAGUUACUGUGCUUUGGUGUUUUGUUCUCGCCGGCGUCUCUAUAGCGCAGAACUCAGCAUGGAUAGACAUAGUACCAAAUCCUGCACCCAAGAUCGAUGCAGAGAACCACUCCACCAGGAUAAUCGAGGAUAUACGAGUCACUCGUGAUGAUGUGCAGGUAUUACAUAAUGAUUACGCGACUGAGAAUGCAGUGCGCCUGGCAGACUUCCUUUCUGAGAUGAGUGGCUUCGUUGACGAGAAGAUGAAGGGAUUAGAGAAGGAAGUGGACCAAGCUCCUGACGGAUGUCGCGACAGCCUGGAGAAGAAUCUCAACAAUGUGGAGUACAACGCCCGCAGGCUCGCUCUCUUUAACGCUGAAAAUCAUCACAAAUUCCUGCUAGGCCACCUGAUAGUUCUCCGCAUGCAUUUGAUCAAGAGUGAAGAGUUAAUUACGAGAUACGAAAAUAUUGCCAGCAAGUGCGGCAUAUUAUGCGAGAAUUCACAAAACGUGAAGCGCUGGCGACGUAACGCCGUCGACGAGCUGGACCGUGCCAAAAUGGACCUGAAGCAUUCCAGGAGAUGUUACCGUGACAUCGUCACCCACGCCCGCCGAAGACUUCACCACAUCAGGAAGCAGGCCGACAACAAGGCGGAGACAGUAAUCAACGACUUCAGAAAAUGCUCACGUAACUUCAAAUGAUCUGAGAUUGUUAUACAUGAACUAAGUUAAUGUGCUUCCAUUUUAUAGUCAUAUUUUAUUAUAAGACAACGAAA